AUGGGGAGAGAAAUUGUUGAAGUAUUCGAAUCUUCAAACCAAGAAAAUAAAUUGCCUGAUUUGUCUUUGAAUCAUGUCUCGUUUAUUUGCAAAUCAGUUCGAAGAUCUGUUAAAUUUUACGAGGAAGUUUUGGGGUUCGUCCUCAUCAAAAGACCCUCUUCGUUCGACUUCGAAGGAGCCUGGUUGUUCAACCAUGGAAUUGGAAUUCAUUUACUUGGAGCAGAGAAAAUCCCACAAAAGAAAGGGAAAAUAAACCCAAAGGACAAUCACAUAUCAUUCCAAUGCACUGACAUGGAUCUGAUUAUUCUGAAAUUAGAAGAAAUGAAUAUAGAAUAUGUGAAAGCAGUUGUUAAAGAAGUUCUUCCACUCUCAGCACCAUCUUUCCCCAUCAAAACUACCAACCUCAAGAACUCAUCAUCCUUUUACGGGAAGAUGCAGUGCAGUGGAGAAGUGGAAGCCUUGAUGAUGGAGAAUUUGGCUAUGGAGAUGAUGGAUAUUUCAAUUUAA